AUAAAUUGUUAUGUUUUUUUUUUGGUAUUUCUUUAUGAAGUAUAUGUCCAAAUACUCCCGAGAAAGGCCUUAGAUUUUGUCAGUUGCAUGACCAACAUGCAACUCAAUUCAAAGAUGCUGCUACAACUAGUCAUGCAAACAAGGAUGAUCCUGAAGUGCAAUUUUUUAAAUGAAAAGGUGUCUACGAGAUGGGAAAAUUUUUGAGGUAAGAAUUAAUACAUUCUUGCGAGAGAUGAUACUGAUUUUGAUGCACUGGACUGUUUAUUAAGUGAAAAACAAAAAAGUUUUUAAGUGUAAUGACACAACUUUCGCAACCAUGCCCUUAAGCUACCACGAAACAUUUAUUGGCCACUACUAAUUGAAACAGCUGUUGUGAUUUAAAUAAAAAGUAAAAUAUUUUAAAUAAUUAUUUCCAUAAAUUCAUGACAAAAGUAAAAUCAAAAUACAUUUCAAGCCCUGCACCUUUUUAAAACAUGUUUUGGUAUGACACAUGCCAUCGUCAGUUUAUUUCAAUGUACAGCUGAGUGUUAAGAGAUUCUACAUUGACUUAAAAAUGCAUAUUGCAGUUAAAGGAGACUAACUUACUUAAAUCGUUUGCAACCAGAUUUAAUUAACAGGUACAUAACACCAAUACUUAUUCUGUAAUAUACUUUCUAACUGCCCACGCAGAGCCGAUAGUAUUUAACACAGUCUGAUGUCAUUUCAUUUUUUUUUAUUCGAAAUAACUGAAAUGUAUUUUGGUUGAAAGGCAGUAAAAAGCUGGACAUCUAAUUAAACAGACAAUGCCACGAGUUGUACAGAAACUUGUCUUUGAGAAGGCCUGUCAUCUUGCAAUAUAUUUUGCUAAAUGGAUGGUAUUUCAUAACAAAGACAUACAGACACUUGUGGUUGCAAAAUUAAUAGCAUAAUGUCCAGAUUUGGUGUACUUACACAUGUAGGUGAAACCUUGUUUUCAUGAUAUAUUUUAUAUAGGGGAUUAGUCAGCUCAAGCUAUGUACCAAGUUUACUGGUUUUCCCAGAAUAUAAAAUGUUUUGUUAAAUUUAAUGUCAUAAACUUAAACUAUAGUUCCAAAAGUCGUAGUAGAAUUAUUUUUUGUCUAUAAGGUUCUUUGGGCAGAUGGACGGAAGAGUUGGCUAAGAGAGGAAAAUCUUCCUGUGAAAGUGAAAAACAAGGUCAUAGAAGGGGAGAGAUAUGACAACAACUUAUGUCCUUGCGUGAGAUGAGACAGGACCGGCUGCAAUUGAUGCCAUCAAACAAUAGCAAUACAAACAGUGGGCUUUUAAUCUUUAAAAGGUAAACUUAGCUAUGAACAUAAAAUUUAUCUCAAAAAAGGUUGUUGACCAUAGACAGGGAAUGAAGAUUCUCCAUGGUUUUUCUUUUUAGCAAAAUGGAAGUCCAGUCCUCUUGAAGUUAGAGUUUAAAACUAUUUUAUCUUCCAUACAGAUCUGUUAUGUUAUUACUAAAGUCCAGGGCUGUCAUUAAGAGCCAGGGGUUCGGGCAAGUCAUAAGUGUAUGCACAUGUGCACAAUUUGUUAAAGAAAAUAAAAGACACUGGUAAUUAUAUUUGUUAUGAAUAUCAUUAUAACAGUACAACAAAAAAACACUCAACGAAGUUCUUAAUGUAUUAAUUCAUGUAUUGUGAUAGAAUGUUAUUUUUACCAUGAUAAUCUUUUAUGAUGAUGCGUCAGAUUUGAAACGCUAUGCCCAAAAUCCAGUGAGAAAGGAUGCCAGUGAUAUUACAAGAAAGAUGGCCACUAUGGACUUGGUGUGUGAUCGCUUUCACUUCACUUUGCCAACCAUACAGACAAAUGGUGUAAGAAAAAAUGCAAUCAAUCCAUUCAAGACUGCCAAUUUGUGUAACCAAAGGAAAUAACAUUAAGGUAAUUGAAGAACAAUUGUUAAAAAGAUAGACUCGAACUUGACAUAUUGAACGCUUUGUUACUGAAGAAUGAGAACAUAUCUUUUCACCGCUGUGGCUUUUGAACUUGAAGUGUUUGUGGCUUACAGCCCAAACACACUAUGUCCGCCAUCCUGUAAAUAAAGUCACUCUAAGCAAAUAUUGGGUUGAAACAACAACAGCAAUCUUUAUUUGUACUGUCACUUUAUCCAGGACUUUUAUAUAAAAGUACUAACCGCGUGGAAUAACCAUAAGUAGCCGCCAUCUGUCUCACUGACCCGCUGAACUAACUAUAUUAAUUGUAAACUACCCAGUAUUGGAUAGUCAUUUAUUAACUUUGUCCUCUGUGUUGUUUUCCCCUUAGGAUGUAAACACAGAAGUCUGCGAGCAGUUAUUCUCAUGGCUCUCACGAUUUUCGCAUAUUACAAAGCAUAUGAACAGAUGGCGUUUUCUUUUCUUAAUGCUGUACUUGUUAGACUGGACCAUAAUGAACAUGUUGCAAACACUUUGUAAAAGCCAUUCCCUCCUUAUCAGCCUUAUCGGAAGAACCCAAUAAUUGAUCUUUCUAAAUGCAUCUCAAUUACUGUCUAAAAUCGUUUUUGUAUGUUUAAGAACUCUUCUCUCGUUAAUCAUAGGGAUUUUUUCGCCCUAUCAAAAGAUUUAGCGUUCGUAUUGGGUCCUCCCGAAAGGUCUUUCCCAUAAUUUCAUUAUACAUUUUUAGGAUUUUUUCUUUAUACCGAAAUGUUAAGGAGGCCAUUUUUACCAAUAAUUGCCUGAUCUUUAGCCUGCGUAGUAGGCGCUUGGAAGUAACGCGCAGGAAAGAACGGAGCGCGCGAGAGAGACACGCUUUGGAAUAGGGACCUAUUUCUCUGACGUGUGUCCCUCCGUUCUUUUUUGCGCCCACCACUUCCAAAGCGCCUGCUACUCAGGCUACCUGAUCUUAUUAAAUGACACGACUCAACCUCCAAUCAAAACUGGUAGGGAAGUUAAUUGAAAAAUGGGGAAGAUCGUAGGUAAAUGAGGCGGAAAUUAUUAGCUUUUCUUAACGUGUCCCACGAUAUGUAUGAUUAUAAACGAAUAUUUUGGCGUGGAGAUCUGUUAUGUGCAGAGUGUCAUGCCUUAUUUACAUUUGUGUG